GCUGUUUGUAUGCUCGAAAUCGAAGAGAAUGGCUUCGUCGUCUUCUCUGUCCGUUGCUUCUGAAAGCAAAUAUGAUAUCUUCCUUAGCUUCAGAGGCAUAGAUACCAGACGUGGUUUUCUCAGCCAUCUGAUUAAGGCUUUAAACCAAAAACAGAUUGAGAUCUAUGUAGACUAUAAGCUCAGAGAAGGAACCCAAAUAUCACACUCACUCCUUACUGCCAUUGAAGAAUCAGAGAUUUCCUUGAUUAUAUUCUCCCAAGAUUAUGCUUCAUCCAAGUGGUGCUUGGAUGAACUCGUCAAAAUAAUGAAGUGCAGGAAAGAGAAAGGUCAAACAGCAAUACCUAUAUUUUAUGAUGUAGAUCCAUCUUGUGUACGACAUCAAAGGGGAAGUUAUGUCGAUGCACUUUCCGGCCAUCGGAAAACGUCAUCGGCGGGGCAGUUGCUAAUAUGGAAAGAAGCUCUCAACGAGGCUGCCAAUUUGUCUGGACUGCAUUCAUCCAACUUUGGGAGUGAUGCUGCUCUUAUUGACGAAAUUGUCAAACGCGUGUUACAAAGGUUGAAUGAAAAGUGCCAAGGAGAUUUACAAGGACUUGUUGGAAUGUAUGAACCAAUUACAGAGCUAGAAUCAUUAUUGUGCAAGGAAUCAAAAGCUGUAGUUAUUAUUGGACUUUGGGGCAUGGGUGGUAUUGGAAAGACAACUCUUGCUAGUGUUGUUUUCGAUAGGGUAUGUCAUGAAUUUGAAGGACUCUGCUUCUUAGAUAAUGUAAGAGAAAAAGUCCAGAAAUAUGGCAUAAAUCAUUUGAAGAAAGAACUUGUAUCUAAGCUGCUGGACAUUAAAGAUGUAGAAAAAGAUGUAGUCUCUUUCAUCAUGCCUAUUGGGAUAACUGAUUUUGCCAAGAGAAGACUCCGUCGCAGAAAAGUUCUUCUUGUUCUUGAUGAUGUGAGUGAUUCUAAGCAACUGGAAGAUUUAUGUGGAGGACAUGAUUGGUUUGGGCUAACUAGUAGGAUCAUGGUGACAACUAGAGAUAAACAUGUGCUGAAUAGAGCCGAUCAUAUUCAUGAGGUUAAGGCAUUAAAUCAGGAUGAGUCUCUUGAGCUUUUUAAGUUGAAUGCCAUGAAACAAAACUACAUGGACACAGAGCAAGUUGAGCUAUCCAUGAGGGUUCUUAACUAUGCGAAAGGAAUUCCAUUAGCCUUAAAAGUUAUGGGUUCCUUUCUCUGUGGAAAAAGUAAGCAGGAGUGGAAAAGUCAGCUUCUUAAACUUGAAAAAAUGCCUCAUGUAGAAAUUCAAAAUAUAUUGAGAUUGAGCUAUAACGAACUAGAUCGUCAUGAUCGGAAUAUUUUUCUAUACCUUGCAUGUUUCUUCAAGACAGUUUCAGAAGAGCAGGUUACGUUUCUUCUUGAUGCAUGCGGAUACUCAACAGCUAUUGGGUUAAAAACUCUUCAAGACAAAGCUCUUAUUUCCAUUUUAAGCUGUGAAGUGACAAUGCACGACUUGCUUCGAGAAAUGGGACGUGAAGUAGUUCGGGAAGAGUCUCCCAAUGAUCCGGGAAAGCGCAGUAGAUUAUGGGAUUCUACUGAUAUCUAUAAAGUAUUGAAAUAUGACACGGGAACUGAAACUAUUGAAAGCAUAACAUUAGACAUGUCAAAAAUUGACGUGCUAAGCUUGCAUCCUCAGAUAUUUGCAAGAAUGUACAAGCUCAAGUUUUUAAAUGUUCAUUCAUGGGAUGGUGAGCAUAGGCUCUGUGCUCCUCAUGGUAUUGAAUCCUUGUCAGAUGAGCUGAGAUUUUUUCAAUGGGAAGACUACCCUUCGAAAUCUUUACCAUUGUCUUUUUGUGCGGAAAAUCUUGUGGAAAUUAUAAUGCCUUCUAGUCAGUUGGAGAAGCUUUGGGAAGGUGUCCAGAAUCUUGUAAAUCUGAAGCUAGUAGAUCUUAAUUAUUCAUCACACCUAGUCGAGCUCCCAGAUUUCUCCAAGGCCCCAAAUCUUGAAGAAGUAAAUGUUUCCACCUGCAAGAGUCUGCAGCAAGUUCCCCAAUCUGUUUUGUCUUCUCAAAAGCUGGGUUAUCUCUUUCUAAAUGAUUGUAAUGAACUAAGAAGUUUCCAGCACAACAUUCAUCAUCAAUCCCUUAAGACACUCUCUUUCCAUAGCUGCAUUGGUCUCAGAGAGUUCUCUUUGACACAGCUUAACCACGGCACAGACAAAUUGGUGUUAUCAGCUCCGCUUGAACGGCUAAAACUGGAUUACUGUUCCAACCUUUCUCUGCUGCCAGACAAUAUAAGCAUGCUUUCAUCAUUGAAGGACUUAUCAAUGAGUCACAGCAGUGUGAGAAGCUUGCCUGAAAGCAUUAAGCAUCUGUCACGGCUGAAAUACCUCAACUUGAGUAAUUGCAAGAGGCUUCAAUCAAUACCAGAGCUUCCAUCGUCCAUUUUGGGGUUAAUUGCUGUUAACUGCACAUCAUUACAUACUGUUUUCAUGGCUGAACCAAUCAAAGAAGAGAAAUUCGGAUAUAAAACAUUUGCAUUUACCAAUUGUGUUAAGUUGGAGAAGGCUACAAUCCAGGCCAUUAUGGCAAACGCCUAUGUCAGAAUACAGCAAGCAGCAAACGCAUGGCUACCAACAGGACAGAGGAAUGAGUACUAUUAUGCAACCUUUGAUAAUAACUAUGAACUCAGGGUUCAUGUUUGCUUACCAGGAAGCCAAGUUCCAGGAUGGUUCAGCUAUAGAACAACCGAAACUUGCAUGACUGUUGAACUUGUCCUACUUGCUUCUAGUAUCAGUAGGUUCCGAGGUUUCAUCUUCUGUGCUGUUCUUCCUCCUAGAGAGGAAAAAGGCUUAGGCUCGGCAAUUUUGAGAUGUUCUUACUUCAUUGAAACGAGUGAUGGUCCAAGCUUGGGCAGUCACAGUUCGUGGGUGAUAUAUGACCGUACAGUUGAUAAGGAAUCCGACAAUGUGUAUAUGUGGUAUGAUAGGCAAUGCUGCAUUGAUAUGAUGAGGAGAACCAAACAAGGCAAAGGAAGUGAUGAAGAUAAUGUUCAUAAGUACAAGGUUUUAUUUGAAUUCCAUUACUCCCUUAAUUCCACAGGAAUAAAAGAGUGUGGUGUCCAUCCAAUAUAUGUCUCGGAUACUAAAUCCAAGAGAAGACCAGAGAUAACUCAAGUUGAUGAGAACCAAGGUGAUCUAGAGCUGCAAGAACCACUUUCUUCCACAAAUAAGAACUUUAAAAUGGAAUACUUUUCUUCAAGGGAGUUUUCUGCUACACAGCUCAGCAGCAAGGAUGAUCAAGGGCAGAAUGGGAAAAUUACUCCUUUUCAAUUCAUGUAUAGGAGGAGAGCGAAGAAGAAAAUAAAGGAAUGAGGUGAGAGGAUGAUAUAAAUAGAAUUAAGGGAGAGAAUUGGCCUCUCCAAUGCCAAAUAUGGUUUCUGUUAUUUCUAAUAUAUGCGCUUUUACACACUUACAUAAUACAAUCCUUCACUGCUUCGGGGACUAUCACAUUGAUACUCCCUUUUCUGUGAUU